GCCGGCCGGACGCGGGCGGAGCGCGGGGAGCGCGAGCGGCCCGAGGCGGCGGCCUCCCUGCCACCCGCCCGGCCACCCGCCUGGCCGCCGACGCGGGGACAGGGAGCGGGGCCGGCCUGCGCCCCCCGGGGUGCGGCCCGGGCCGCCGGAGAAGCCCGAGCGGCGGCGUCCCCCGCGGUCGCCCCCAAGUUGGCAGCGCGAAACUUUUCCCUGCGCUUCUGGGCGCCGCCCCCGCCGAGACCCGCCGCGGGUGGGGAGUGAAGGGGGGGAGAGGCCCGCGGCUCCCCCCCGCCCGCCGCCGCCGCCUCCCGUCGAGGCGCAGCCGGGCGCGACAGCGGGGCCGGGGCCCCCGGGCGAUGGCCGCGGAGCUGGCGAUGGGCGCCGAACUGCCCAGCAGCCCGCUGGCCAUCGAGUACGUCAACGACUUCGACCUGAUGAAGUUCGAGGUGAAGAAGGAGCCGCCCGAGGCCGAGCGCUUCUGCCACCGCCUGCCGCCCGGCUCGCUGUCCUCGACGCCGCUCAGCACGCCCUGCUCCUCCGUUCCCUCCUCGCCCAGCUUCUGCGCGCCCAGCCCGGGCACCGGCGGCGGCGGCGGCGCGGGGGGCGGCAGCGGCGCGGCGCAGGCCGGGGCCACCGCGGGGCCGACGGGCGGGGGCCCGGGCGCCGUCGGGGGCGCCUCGGGGAAGCCGGCGCUGGAGGAUCUGUACUGGAUGAGCGGCUACCAGCACCACCUGAACCCCGAGGCGCUCAACCUGACGCCCGAGGACGCGGUGGAGGCGCUCAUCGGCAGCGGCCACCACGCCGGGCACCACGGCGCGCACCACCCGGCGGCCGCCGCGGCCUACGAGGCUUUCCGGGGCCAGGGCUUCGGGGGCGGCGGCGGCGCGGACGACAUGGGCGCCGGCCACCACCACGGCGCGCACCACGCCGCCCACCACCACCACCACCACCACCACGCGGGCGCGGGCCACCACGGCGGCGGCGGCGGCAGCGCGGGCCACCACGUGCGCCUGGAGGAGCGCUUCUCCGACGACCAGCUGGUGUCCAUGUCGGUGCGCGAGCUGAACCGGCAGCUCCGCGGCUUCAGCAAGGAGGAGGUCAUCCGGCUGAAGCAGAAGCGGCGCACGCUCAAAAACCGCGGCUACGCGCAGUCGUGCCGCUUCAAGCGCGUGCAGCAGCGGCACAUUCUGGAGAGCGAGAAGUGCCAGCUCCAGAGCCAGGUGGAGCAGCUGAAGCUGGAGGUGGGGCGCCUGGCCAAGGAGCGGGACCUGUACAAGGAGAAAUACGAGAAGCUGGCGGGCCGGGGCGGCCCCGGGGGCGCGGGCGGGGCCGGCUUCCCGCGGGAGUCCUCGCCGCCGCAGGCCGGGCCCGGCGGGGCCAAGGGCGCACCCGACUUCUUCCUGUGACCGCCCGGGCCGAGCGCGCGCUGCAGCCGCCACCGGC